UGUUUUACACAGUUCCAGAGCAUUGUUUGCAAUUAUUCACUAUGUUUGAGUCCAUUCAUGGUUUUAUGAUUUCAACAUGUCUGUGAACAGUGUGUCAUUUUUCAUUGUUUAUUCUGCAAAUCAUUUUUUCUUCUGGUUAAUAAGAUGACAUUUUAGAAAGCAAAUGUGAAAGUGUCAGUGACUUACUGACAUAUCUGCACCCAGUGACAACGUUCUCGGAAUCACGUAAAGAAACCCACCAUCGCACAGUAAAUAAACAAAAUGGUCAUUAUUCGUGGUAAAUUCAACCAGAGUUCUUGAAAUGAUGUAAGCUUGAACCUUUUGCAGCCAGACCACAUCCUUUCAGCUCAACAUAAGUUGUGCAUUACAGCUAUGACCAAGGUUUCAGUGCAUUCAGCAUCUGAUAAGGAGAGGUAAGAAGAAAUGUUCUGCCCAAGAGAUUUCAGUCUUUUCAUCACAUGUGUGAUUCUCUUCAUCAUCCAGUCUGGUCAUGGUUCUGAGAUUAUUGGAGGGAAAGAAGUCAAGCCACACUCGCUGCCUUUUAUGGCUCUGCUGGAGGGUGAUGGAACAAUGUGUGGAGGAAUAUUAAUUGAUCCAACAUGGGUCCUGACUGCUGCUCACUGUCCGAAUAUAAGUACGGUGAUCCUGGGAGUGCAUUCCAUCGAGAAAAAGAAAAAGAAAGAGACACGUUUAAGGCAGGUCCGAAAGGUUCAGGAAUGUGUUCGUCAUCCCAGCUAUUCUCAAGAAAAAAAAGUCAAUGACCUCAUGUUGCUGAAGCUUAAUGAACCAGUGCAGGAAACCAAAACGGUGAAAUGUCUCCAGCUACAUAAACAUGUCAAAGACCCUGCAGCUGACAGCAACUGUCUGGUGGCUGGAUGGGGACUAACUAAACAAAACAAACCAUCAGAUGUCCUUAUGUCUGUUAAAGUGACUGUGAUCGAUAGAGUAACGUGCAACUCCUGUGACUAUUACAACCGCAAUCCUGUUAUCACCAGUGACAUGAUAUGUGCUGGUUCAAAGGGUAAAAAAAAGACUGAUACCUGUAAGGGGGAUUCAGGAGGGCCACUGUUGUGCAAUGGAGUGCUAGUUGGAGUCACUUCUUUUGGACCUAAAGAGUGUGGUAACAUAAAAAAACCUGGAGUCUAUUCUUUUCUCUCAGAAAAACAACUCAAGUGGAUCGAGAACACAAUGGGUGCCCCUGAAAUGUGAUGCCGACAUCAAUGCAGAUAUGAGCUAACAGCCAGAUAUGAAUCUUUGAUGCAGUUAAACAUGCCACUGCUGGGUCCACUUGAUCUAUUAUUUUUCAUUUAAUGGCUUCUGUUUCAUCUUUUAUAGAGUAGUUUCCUUGCUUGCUAUAAUCUUUACAGACUAUUGAAAGCAUCAGCAUAUCUAUUACAUGAACAGGCGUUUGUUUAAACAUCAUAUAACUGGAAGUGGGUUCAUCACCCUUUCCCUUGCAGGAACUUGGGUGAGAUAUCUAUAACCAGUCUUUUUAGUAUUGUGUAGGAAAAGAUUGACUGUCCAGUAUUUUAGCAAUUGUCAUUGCACACCAUUCAUAAACAUGGGUACAUAGCUUUCACACCUGAAAAGAUAACCAAAUGUAAAAGUGCCUUAAAUCUGCAUUGUUUUUACUUUACUUUCUGUAUUGUUUUUUGACUACACUUUUUUUCUUUUUCUACUUUCUAAUAAAGCAAAAUUUUAAAAGGAAUCACUGUUUAUUUCA